AUGAAGUGGUUCGUUUUUCAGAUCAGCCUUUUAUAUAUUUUCUUUCCCCACAACUUUUGCUCAAAUGAUACGGAAAACCCAGAAGAAAAAAUGAUAUACAGUACUUCUGUGAUGAGCAUGGUGAAACUGUUAGAAAUGGAAGAGUCUUUGAAAGCUAGCUUGGAAGUAUACGUUCAAGAAAUGCAGUCGAAGUUGGAUAUAAUUAAACUAUUUCAAGAGUCAUUAAAAAGGAAAACGCUGACCACGCUGGAAGAGAGGGAAGAGUAUAUGGCCAAUCCGUUGAAUGCCUUUCCUUUGCUCAGACGCCUCAAUCAAGAUUGGCCCAAAUGGCUGAGAUAUAUAAAACUGGCAAUAGCUACCAAGAAAAUCAAAGAAAUUGAAGUGCACUUAAAGUCAGCUCCAAAUGAUGAUGACCUUGAAGUUGCCCUUAAGGGUAUGGCGCGAAUUGAAAAAAUGUACAAUCAACACGCAGACGACUUAACCAAGGGUUUGCUAAUGGGAAGAAAAUUUAACUCCUAUUUGACUGCUCCCGAUUGUGUUGCCCUAGGGGAUUUCUACUAUAACACAACUAAGUACUCGAGAUCCACCCACUGGUAUCGCAUGGCAUUAAGACUGCACAACCUUCCCCAAGGCAUGCUAUACGAAAAAGUUCUGGGUUUGAAACGGAAAAAAAUUUACAAAAAAUACGGCAAGGCCUUGCUUAAAGAAUCCGUAGCCUCGGAUAAAGCAAAGGCCACUCCGGUGGAGCUAACUGAAUGGAAUAGCUUGGCCAAAGAGGUUACAAAGGAAGACAAUUAUGAUAACGUCAAGCAACUAAUUGAUGAAUACCUAUCAGUAGACGAGAAAAUCUUCCAAGAUGAAGCCGCUAAACUAAGGCGCAAGUCAUCUAGACUAGAGCGAGGCUGCCGAGGAGAGUGGCCUAAGAAAUCCUCGCCAGAACUAAUAUGUCGCUAUAAUAGAGAUACGUCUGCUUUUCUCAAUUUAGCACCACUUAAAAUGGAAUUUUUAAAUAUGCAACCUUUGGUUGUUAUGUACCAUGACGUGCUCUACGAAAGCGAGUUUAAGUCAUUGAGAGACAUAGCCAUUUUGAAUGCCACCAUGUCUGAUGGUUUGACAUAUGUCGACUUUGACAAAAAUGGAAAACCAAAGCCCCAGGAUCGAGUAGUAAAAAUGAUUACCUUUCAGGGCACAACCCCUUCUGCUACCCUGAGCAUUAAUCGACGAAUUGCAGAUAUGAGUGGUCUGGAGAUGCAAGAGAAUAUGGCUCUGUUCCUGACCAAUUACGGUCUGGGUAGUCAUUUCGGUAAGCAUGUGGACUAUGUGGAGUUGGCCGAAAGACCUCCAAACUUUUUUUCCCACCUGGGGGGCGAUAGAAUAGCUACGGCAUUACUCUAUGCAACUGAUGUUCAACUGGGCGGAACAACUGUUUUUACAAAACUAAAGAUAUCCGUAGAACCCAAAAAGGGCAACGCAUUGAUCUGGUUUAAUUUGAAUAAUGCUGGAGAUCCGGAUCCGCAGACAGAGCAUUCCGUUUGUCCUGUUGUAAUGGGUUCCAGAUGGACAAUAUCAAAAUGGAUUCACGAACGUCAGCAAGUAUUUAAGAAGCCCUGUUUUGCCUAAUAUGCGAAUGUAAAAUUCUAUUAAAGCCUCCAUUAGCAAGGCAUGUAAAUAAAUGGGGAAGAAUCUCCCAUUGGCGCACUUUGCUCCUUCA